AUGGCUAUGGCUAUGGCUAUGGCUAUGGCUAUAACUAUGGCUAUGGCUAUGGCUAUGGCUAUAACUAUGGCUAUGGCUAUGGCUAUGGCUAUGGCUAUGGCUAUAGCUAUGGCUAAGAGUAAGGCUAAGGCUGAGAAUAAACCUAAAGCUUAUGCCAUGUCUUCAAGUUUUGAUUUAUUAGGUUGUCCGGAAAGUUCUGCAAUAUUUGAGUAGGUAAACUUUGAAAAAUCAGGAAAAAUUUAUUUCUUGACGGAAAGAAAAAAAUUCUUUUUUUUGUUUGUUUGUUUGUUACCUAAAUUAUUCAAAAAGGUAAGUUACAUAACUUAAUUUCAUUUUUUUGUAUUGUUUUAGGUAUUAGAAAAAAAUCGAGAAAUCUCGCGUGCGCGUGAUUAUAUGGAAUGAAUUCAAACGCGGAAAUACUGCGGCAGAAACCUUCAGAAUCAUAAACGAAAAUGAGGGUAAGAAUGUUGUGAGUUAUUCUACGGUGACCAGAUGGUUCGCAAAGUUUCGUGUGGACGAUGAGAAGCUUGAAGACAAACCACGUGCAGGAAGACCCAGCAAACUUGACAAAGAUGCCCUGAGGUGCAAGAUUGAAGAUGACCCACAUAUUACAAUCCGGGAGUUAGAAGAUUUACUAAACUGUGGAAAAAGUACCAUUGGUGAUCAUUUGAAGGCAAUGGGUAUGGUCAAAAAGUUGGACAAAUGGGUGCCUCACAAUUUGACUGAUCUGCAAAAAGCCAAGAGACGAUGUGCUUCCGAAAAGCUUCUGCAACGCUGCAAAAACGAAGAAUUCUUGGAUCGAAUUGUAACUAUUGACGAGAAGUGGAUCUCGUUUAACAAUACUAGAAGAUCUACAAGUUGGUGUAAGCGUGGAGAAGCUCCUAAGCACGUUCCGAAGCCAGAAUUGCACGAAAAGAAGCUUAUGGUGACUGUCUGGUGGUGUAGCUCUGGAGUGAUCCAGUACGAUUUCAUGAAACCUGGCCAAAGUAUUACGGCCGACACCUACUGUGCCCAGAUUGACAAACUGCGACACAAUCUUCCAACAAUGGUCAGAAGGAGGGGUCCGAUCAUUCUGCAGGAUAACGCACGGCCACAUGCUGCAAAGAAGACCGUGGCAAAAUUCAGGGAACUGGGAUACGAAGUCUUGGAGCACCCUCCUUAUUCUCCAGACUUGGCUCCAACGGACUUUCACCUUUUUAAACACUUGUCUUCGUUUCUUAAUGGAAGAAUCUUCAAAACUCCAGACGAUGCCAAGAAUGCCUUCAAGAACUUCAUCAACUCCAGAUACCCGGAAUUCUACAAUCGUGGAAUAAAAAAGCUUGUAAAUCGUUGGCAAGACUGUAUUGAUUCAGACGGUAAUUACUUUGAUUGAUUGUAGUUGUUAAUUAUAUUGUUAUUAUUGUUAGUUCAAAAGUGAAAAAAUAUUGCAGAACUUUCCGGACAACCUAAUAGAUGUUCAUGUCAAUUUGGCGAGUUAGGUUGCAACCGAACUAUUCUGAUGAAUUGCGUUAUGGAUAAACUGCUUGAUACAAAAGACUACCUAGAUAUUCUUAAUUGUAUACACGGAUUGCGAUGGAAGCCCGAUGACGUUGCAGAGAGAUGUUUUCCGUCACAUCCAUCAAAAGAUGAGUGGGUUAAUAUAAGAUAUUAAAACAUCUCAAAUUUUUUAUUGUUUUGAAUACUUACCCUAUCCCAUAUUACCCUAUCCUAUCUUAUACUGCCCUACCCCACCUGCCUUACUUUUCUCUAUCUUUGUAUUUUAUAAAAUACCACCUAAAUUGGGAUUUGUAGGUUCUUGCAAUGCUCAGAAUCAAAGAAAGGACGUCAGUUGCUAGCCGAAGCUGGCGAACGUACUCCAACUCCUCUCGUAGAAGUUCCACUGGUGAUUAUAAACGGCAAACGGAAUGAAACCAACCUUUACCAUUUUGAAGAAUUUGUUUGCGACGAAUUAGCAGAGCCUAAACCUGAUGAAUGCACAAAGAGUUUGUGAACCUUUGACUUAAGUAAUAAGACUUUUCAAGAUUGUUUUGGAAUUGAAUAAAAGUUGUCAUACUUAUCGACCAGCUGUGUCUUUAAUGCUAGGUAGCAUUAACCUUAGCUUUAGCCUAAGCUUUAGCCUUAUCUUUGGCCCUAAAUUUUCAAUUUGGGCUGUUCUGACCUGUAGCCCAUAUUUUUAAGUUUAGCCUUAGUAAAUGCCUUAAAUUGAGCUAGAGGUUUAACCUUAUUUUUAGCUUUUAUCUUAGCUUUAACUUUUAGAUAUAGGGUUUGGUACAUUUGUAGACAUAGCUUAGUCUUAUCUGUAGCCACAGCUUUAGCUUUAGAUAUAAGCUUAGUUUGAACUGGUGUGGGUUAGUUUUAGCUUUAGCCGUUUAGAUUAAGGGCCAGGUCUUCAAGUUAAAGGUCGGGUCUUCAAGUUAAAGGGCCAGGUCUUCAAGUUAAAGGUCGGGUCUUCAAGUUAAAGGGCCGGGUCUUCAAGUUAAAGGGCCAGGUCUUCAAGUUAAAGGUCGGGUCUUCAAGUUAAAGGUCCGGGUCCUCAAGUUAAAGGUCCGGGUCUUCAAGUUAAAGGGCCGGGUCUUCAAGUUAAAGGGCCAGGUCUUCAAGUUAAAGGUCGGGUCUUCAAGUUAAAGGUCCGGGUCCUCAAGUUAAAGGUCCGGGUCUUCAAGUUAAAGGGCCGGGUCUUCAAGUUAAAGGUCCGGGUCCUCAAGUUAAAGGUCCGGGUCUUCAAGUUAAAGACCCAGGUUUUAAAACUAAAAAUGGCAAAUUUACUAAAUACAAAAUAAAAUGUUUUAAAAUUCACCAUCCCUUUAUAGUAGUAAAAAAUUUCAAGAAAUUCCGCUUUUAAAAAUAAUUUUAGACCAUCACCAUAUCAAAAUACAAUUUUUAUAAUCAAAACCACACUAGAAAACAUACUUACAUAUCACUUUUUACCUAGUAUCGUGCAGCAUGGUAGUCCCGUCCCGCAUUUUUGAAACCGACCUCUCUCCAGAAAAGAUUUUGACCCGAAUGAUUUUUUUUCGAAAUGACCAAAUUUUGUCACCGAUAUAUUCGAAAGUUCAUGUUCCAAAAGAUUUUUCGCUAUUUUUUAAAUUUGAAUAAAAAUGGGUUGGGUCCUAUACUUCCAGGAUUGGUUGGGUCUUAUUUUUCGCAUUUGUGGGUCUUAUACUUCUUGAGCGCCGAAGAUUUUAAUAAAAACAAUAUAUUUUAGAUCCACAGAGAUGCAAGUGAAGUAGUGAAUGUAACUUUGUUCAUUGAAGCCCAAUGCAGUGAUACCACAAAGUUUCUGUUUGAACAAUUCUUACCUGUUUGGCAUAAACUUGGUCAACACAUUGCUUUAGAAAUUCUACCAUAUGGAAAAGUAACGUGUCAACAAGUCCGAGGAGAUUAUAAGUAUGGUUUUUACAACUUCACCUUAUUUUUGAGCUUUAUAUUACAUCAUUUGUAGUCAUUUUACUUCCUUGGUUUAGCCAUCCUUAGCCCUACUUAAGUCCUACAGUGUUUCCGGCUUAAACGUUCUGGCCUAACCACGGUCUUAACCUAAUGUUAGCCCUAUUCUAUACUCUAACUCAGGGUCAGGCGUUGAGGGGGUAGGGGCCCCUCUCCCCAAAAAAAAAUCGAAAAAAGUUGAACGUGGUUCCCACGGUGGAUUUUUUCGACCACCGCCCCCAGACCAAAAGUCCCCGCCCGGCCCUGCCCUAACCACAUCUUAACCCUGCACUAGUCUAUGCUUAACCUUGCCGUUUAUCUAUCCCAUAACAGGUAUACUCCGUUUCUAGUACUACUAAUAUAAUCUAAAGUAGCUUUGACCGAACCUUUCCCUAGCAAUCGUAUGCUUAGUAUGCCUUUUUUUAUUUUUACUAUGAUUAUCAUGUACUAAUGUGUCUUUACUCUAACUUACACUAUAACUUAUCUUGCCCAAGUCCUAGCAAAACGGUUUAAAGAAGUUACAGUAGAUAAACAAAAUAUUUGUUUUAACUUUUAGAUGUACUUGUCAACAUGGAGAAGAUGAAUGUGAGUUGGAUAGUUUAGCAAAUUGUAUCUUGAACAACCCAAAACUAAAACAUCUUGUAGUACCAUUAAUAAUCUGUAUUCAAGGUACCGCUAAUGUUAAAGCGGCCGCCAAGAAGUGUUUACGUUAUCCUUUUAUGAAUGCGUAAGUACUACAAUAUUAUCAUACCGUGGUAAAACGACUAUCAUACCACGGUAAAACGACUUGAGUAUAGUUGUAAAAUGACUAACGCAAGCCUACUAUUGCGUUUAAAAACUAUUUUAACUAGUUAAGGUAUGAAUAUCAAUCAAAAUUUUUAACUUUAGAAUGGCACGAUGUGCUACGUCAAAUGAAGGAAGAACGUUACUGGCAGCAGCUGGCAACAGAACCUAUCACUACACACGCGGCAAUGAUCUUUUAGAGGUCCCAACAGUAGCAAUAAACGGCAUUCCAAACGAUUAUGCCCUAAGGAAUUUGGAGGAUACGGUUUGUAGUAACAUGAAUUCUGUACAGAGAGAAGAACUUUGUCAAGUAAAUUGAGCUGCAAUGUAUAAUACUUGAAGAACAUAAACCUACUACAUUAAAAUCUUUUGCCUUGUAGAAAGAAAACAUUCCGAUUACUAGCCUCAGCUUUAAAAUUAGCCUGAGAAGUUAGCUUUAGCCUGAGCUUAAGAUUGAGCUAGAGCUAGAGCUGGAGCUAGAGUCUGAGCUAAACUCCGUGUUAAGGCUAGACCCUAAGAAAGAAUCUGAGUUACCGCUUGAGCUAGAGCUUGAGCUUAAGUUUGAGCUUGAGUGUAAAUCUGAGCCUGAGGGCCAAAACCUGAACUUGAGCUUAAGCUUGAGCCUAAGCCUGAGGGGAGCCUGA